AUGGCAGAGCUGCGUUUCAACAAGGACGGCAUUCCUAUCUAUGACGGAACUGCUGAACUAUAUGUGCCAUAUCGGCGAGCGGCCUUGAACUAUGUGGAAACGCUGGAAUGGAAGAAAAGGAGCCUCGCAGGCCCGCGCCUGCAAGCUGCUCUUGAGGGAUCUGCGAGAGUUGCCGUGCAACACCAGACGCCAGGCUGGAUUAGUCAUCACGAAGGUGCAAUGCAGCUCCUGAAUUUUCUCAAGGCCAAGCUACAAGCUCCGACCUUGGCAGAAGCCGGGAAAUCCAUCUCCAGGUUCUUCUACAGUGUCAAGCGCCGCAAGGGCGAAAGCAUGAAUGAAUGGCUCAUUCGGCAUGAUGAAUCGCUCUUCGAUGCUCGCAGAACAUUGGCUGAGGCAAUCCAUGAGUAUGGUGCUGGGGAAGCCCCUACUCGACGGAAUUUGUCCUCAACAAAGUCUGCGGCACCAUCACAGACUCCAUCUCAGUAUGAGCGUGAAGAAGAUGAACAUGAUGUCACAGGCCUUUCUGACCAUGGGCCCUUCAGAGAUGAUGGUCGAAUGGACGAUGGUUUUUCCUCCUCUCGCCCAGCUCCCUCCUCUCGACCAGCUCCAUCUCAACACGAAGACCCAUGGACCGACUGGCAUGAGAAAAAGGCGUGGUCUAAAUGGGAUUGGGACUCCUCAACUUGGGAGUGGUCCAAUUGGCAGUCACAUCACGCUGCCGAUACAUGGGGCAAACCAAGCUCCUCCUCAAAGUAUGAUGCGUCAGAGUCUGCAGCUUCAGAAGCAGACCGAUUCCUUCCUGACUUUGUGGUGGCUUGGAUGCUCCUGCAACGCUCUGGUCUCGAUAGCACAGAGCGAGGGGCUAUCAUCUCCAACCUGAAGAACCAGUUCACCACCAGUCAGGUGAAGGGUGCUCUCCGCCUUGCCUGGCCUGCUGAUGAUUUGAAGAAGCGGGAUAAUCUCCGGGGCUCUGCGCUCUUUCUGGAGGAAGAUGAAGCACUUCUUUUGGAGGAGGACGAUAGCCUUGGUGAGGACCUGAUGAAUGAGGCCGAUCAGGAGCACUACUCUUACCUUACGGCAGAUGUAGAGGUUGCUCUUCAGGCCUACAAUGGGGCACGGCGGACCUUGAAAGAGGCCAGAGAGAAACAGAGCUUCUUCAAGAAGAGUCGACAGUUCUACGGUUCUCGGAAAGACUUCAACCCCAAGCCCAAAAGUGAGACCAGCUUUCAGCGCAAUCCGCCAAUCAUGCCAGCAAUGUCCAAAGCUCAGCUGAUCGAGAAGAUCCAGGAGUACGGCGAGACUCCUCCCUCUACGUGGGGCAAGACCCAACUGGAGGGUCGGCUUGCAGAGUUGAAACACCUUCACCAAGUCGAAGAAGGGUCACAGACCAAGAGCCGUGUAGCCGAACUCAACAAGGCUGCUCGCAAGAAAGAUCAUCUCUUGGCUUACAUGAAGGACAACAACAUCCAGCACUCGGGACACGAGACCAUCAGUCAACUCUUGGCUCUGGGGCACCGCCACAUUCUGGAGACCACCAGUCCUCGGGGAUCCGAUGCCAUGGGCUUCGGGAAGCAUGCCAACCUGACCUACUCGGAGGUGGCCAACCAGGACUGGAACGAUGUACAAUGGAUGCUGACCACCUGCCAGGAGGCAGGAGGCCUGAAGGGCACCAGCGAUUGGCGCCUGAAGCGGUUCAUCCAGUGGUACACUCAUGGUCAGAAGGGCAUCCAGAAGCCGGCAGGAUCAUCCAAGAAGGUCGAGAACAGCAAGGAUGUCAAGUCUCAAGGCUAUGCUCCAAAGACCUAUGCGAUGAACUCGCCCCGCCAAGAAGAGAAGACGGACUCCUCAUUCACGGUCAUCUCUGCUCCAGUUCUUCCAACCGAGACCGAGGAGGAGAUGGAGACAAUCUCAGAGACAGAGCUGGAAAUUCAACGCCUCGAGGGCCAACUUCGCGAUCUCCAGCGUGCCAAGAAGGAGCGCUCCAGCCGUGCUGCACCUGCGCCUCCUCGGGCGGAGCCACAAUGA